CGGGAUGAAAACUCCCUCCGAGAGAGCCAUCGUAGUAAUCAAUGGGGUAUCAGUUUAUUGGGAAGUUACAGACACUGGCUUUUUAGGGGUGAAAAGCAGUCGUUGCACCUUCUGUUAAAAAUAAAUAAAUACAUUGCUUUUACGAACAGAAAGAUAAAAUAAAAGCGUGUAUGAUGCUCUGAAGACGUUGGAUGCUUCGUGCUCCCGUAAUGCUUUAAACGAUCCCACCUGGCUGGGGGCUUUUCUCGUUCGCUCCGCUCCCCUGGGAAAAGCGGCUCCGUUUCCCUCUCAGUCGCGAAAUAAAGCCGGUUUUGCGGCCUCACCGAGACGGGAUGCAGUGCUUCCUUUUAAUUUUAAAGAAAGGAAAGCAGUGAAGACUGGAGUAGAGAGAUAAGCAGCAACAUGGCAGCCCGUGCAGAAGACUACCUUGAAUCACUGCUCAUUGAUGCCUUUAAGGGGAAGGGGUACCAGAAGAUAAGUGACCUGCUGCGAGAGAAAGAAUCAGACUCGCUGCAGAAGUACAGCGAGUCUCUCUUAAGCCAGCUCGACAAAGCACUGAGAAGGGAGCUGGACAGGAAUGACUUCCACAAUGUGUCCCUGCUGCUCAAGUGUAUCCAGCUCUACUUCAAGAGUGAUCUCGAACAGGGGACAAGCUUGUUCAUUGAGCAAGGACUUGUAGAAAAGAUGGUAUCUUGGUUUGAAAGAGCAAGAGCGUUUGUGAUCCUCAUUGACCCAACUGAAAAUAGUUUUUUGAUGGUACUUCUGGAAGACUUCUUUGACUCUGCAUUGGUGAUUUGCAAGUGCAGUAGUGAAGGGAAGAAGCAGCUGGUGAACUUGUUUCUACCUGAGCUAGGGCGUCUGGUGACAGAAGCAGGCAUUUGCUGUGCUCUGCGGCAGGAGGCUUUGAGGACUCUCAACUCCAUACUCGAUAGUGUCCCACGUGAGGGCAGAAAGAAACUCCAGUUGUCAGAGGAGAUGUGUUUCCUUACGAAGGAUCUUGCAAAAACGAUGCUGGAGGCUGGUGAUUAUGACCUUCAGGUUGCCCUUUCAGAAGCACUUUGUAGGCUAACGAUAAAAAAAUGGAGAGAUGACCUUGUUAACCACUGGUUUGAAGAUAAAUAUCUUGCUGAAGCUUUCAAAGAGAUCAAGGAUAAAGAAUUUGAGACGGACUGCAGGAAAUUUCUUAACCAACUAAAUGAAAGGCUUGGGGAUAAAAGAAGAGUCUAUUCAUUUCCUUGCCUGUCUGCUUUUGCUGAUGUGAACCAGGUGAAGAAGCCAUCUGACGAGAAGCUAGAGAAGUUCUGGAUUGACUUCAACACUGGCAGUCACAGUGUGACUUUCUACAUAGACAGUACCGAGGGUGUUCUUUGGGACUCUGUGAGGCUGCAGAAAGAAGCAGUCAGCUGUUACUGUCUGAAGGAGCAUGGUGGAGAAAAGGUAGUCAAAAUUUACAUGAAGAUACCCGCUACUCUUAACAAAACAGAAGCAACAAAAAUCAAGCUACAUUUCAGUGCUGAGUAUGAAAUCUUAAAUAUACUUAAAGAAGUCCUUGGAGAUGAAAAAAUGAUGACAAAUGUGGAUGAAGAGGAGUCCAUCCAUACUGAGAAGCAAACAAGGCAGGAUGAAGAAGUGACAUCUCAGUCCAGUGAUCUACAGAAGGGGAAAGAUCCUGAAAACGUGGACCCCACACCAGAAAACUUGCUCUCACAACACAAUGAGCAGUUAGCGGGCACUGUAGCACAGAAAACAUCUAACUCUGAUGUCACCAUGACUGCAGUGAACCAGCAGUCUGACCUGGAUGAAGCUGACCAAGGCUCAGUGAAAGCAGGCAAACAAAAAAGUUUACAAGUAGCUCCAGAGGGUGAAGCUGUAGUUUCCUUGCCUCCUUCAGCAAACAAGUCCAAAACACUAUCUCCAAGGAUGGAUGCUAAGCCUAGUGAGAAGCCUCAGGAAGACAAACCCAUGGAAGCAUCAACACCCAAGAAGGUCAGUACCUUGGAAAGGAGAACCAGAAUAAAAGGCUUGGUCAAGCAGAAGACUGGAGGCAGGAAGGACUCCUAUGACUUUGAGGUCUCAGACUCUGCGAGUCAUGAGCAGGUUUCUGAAGCCAAAGGGAAGGUUCUUGGCAAGAAAAAUUCUUCACAAAAUCAGAGUUAUAAGAAGCAUCUCUUCUCUGAAAGCAAUAAUGAAAAAACAAGCAACAGUGAGAGUGAAAAAAGCUGGAUCCUCAACUCCCAGAAAGAGCCUCUGCCAAAAUCUUUCAACUACACACGAAAAAGGCGCAGAGUGAGAAGAAAAUUAAAAGUACUUCCCGUGUCAUCCCCAAGCAGCAGCAAUGAAAACCAGGUGGAGGAGCAGGGAGCAGCAAGACAAAAAGAUAAAGUGUCAAGGAAAAAAAGCACAUCCACCUCCAAGGGCGACGAUUUACCUACAGUGGAUCUUUCUGGUGAGGUGCCAUCGGAGGAGCCCAAAAGCACAUGGCAGCCAUCGGACGUGCCUAUGGAGGAGCACUCUGGUGUAGAGGAGAAGGCUACACAGAAGUUUCACAAUGUGUCUGGUGAAGAGACAAGAGAAGAAGAAAGCUUUAAGCGGAAGGACUCAGAUGCAUUAAGUGGCACUGUUGUGAAGAAGCCCAGGUUUUUCAGUUGGGAAACAAAGCACUUGUCCUCCAAGUCUCCCUUUAAGUCAAAGAAACUUCUGGACUCAGUUGAGAAGGAAGAGGAGAUCAAAGAAGGUCAGGAAAUAGUUGAUGUGAAUGGUGCGUUUUUUCCCAAGAUACAGCAUGAAGAUAUUGGUGAUUCAGGAGUGAUUGCUGUAUUUGAAAGCUUUACCAACCAGCUAAAGCAACUGUUCUGGUCCAGGUACAAAGAGAUGGAGAUGUCUGCACAGAACACACUGAGGACUUCUGAGAGGAACGUUUCUGCUCUGCUGAAAGAGAUUCACCAGUGCAGACUGAACAAGCUGGAAACCUUCAAGAAGAUUGUUGUGGAGGAGCUUGCCAGCCUUGAGAAAGAUACUGAAAUCUUGAGGAACAUGGAGAAAGACGCUGUGGAUUUCUGGAGCACGCAGUUGCACAAACUGAAUUCUUUCUGCAACCAGCAGAAGAAAAGAAUUCAGUCUGUUGACUCAGCCCUGGGUGAGACAGCUGAGAGUUUUGCCAGUACAAUCGUGAACACCACACACAAUCCCUCAACGAAGGCUGCAGUAGAGAACAAUGUAUUUGUUGUUCCUUCUGACUAGCAGCCCUUUGAAUUCACUGGAGAUCCCAACGUUUGAAAAUGCCUGUGGAGAUGUUAGUCUAUUUUAAAUGGAAAGAAAAAUGAGGAGAGGGAAAGUAACAUUGAUAAUGAGCUUUUUUGUUGUUGUUUUGUUUAAAAACAGCAUAUGCUGGUUGAAUUGUUUGGUUUUGCCCUGUGUCCAAAACAUCGUUCCUGCGGAAUUGUAAGAUAGAUUCAUUAAAUAUCAAAGAAAUAGAAAAUGAAGUAUAGUGACUUAGCCAACAAACUGAUGCAUAUUGGCCACUCAGCUCUGGAUUGUAGAGAGGAAAGCAUGAAGGGAUCUACUGGAUGCUGGCUUCGUUCCUGAUGGCAUUCUGCAGACUAGAGGGCAAGAAACUUGGAGUGUUGCAGGUAUAAAGGCAAGUGAAACUGGAGGAAUUAUUUUUAAACCAGUAAUUUUUGUUUGCUGUACUUCGUACUCUCCUGGAAGCUAAUGUUAGAAUUAGAUAUGUAAAACCAGAGGUCUCUUGAAAAUGAGCAGCAGAUAAACUGUGUUAUUUAACAUCGUCCUUUCUUCCAGCAAGUUAGUUUCCUAAACUGCAGUUGCUCUUCACAAGCUGCAUUUAAUGCUGUGACAAACUUCACCCGUGCUGCUGCAUCUCAAUGAAUGCGUGGGAAUGUGGCAUGAUUCCAAGCUCUGUUCCUACCUACUUGCCUUGUAAAACAGACCUCAGAUUGCUGUGUGAGUUGGAGUCAAGGGAAUCUCCCCUGCAUGCGUUGUGCCUGCAUGGCAGAAGUCCAGCUCAGCCAGGGUUGUUUCAUCACUGACAGCCUUCAGGUAGCUGAGCCUGUUCCCUCUCAAAAAGACUGUGCAGUGUCAUGCCUGAAUUGAGAACUGUGAAAAUCCAGAACCACUGUUCUGCCUUCUGCUAUUUGUAAUGUGCGAAAGACUGGAGCUGCUCUUUUGUGACUGUUGGCCUCACCCUCAUUUAGUUGAGGGCUGUCCUUGGUUACCUGACUAUGCUGCAUUCUUCUGCUGCCCUGUAGGGUCUCUGCAGCAGUCACUGAAACUCCGCUUGUAACCUGUGACCCUGGACACAUGCCCCCCUCAUUUGAGACAGAUGUUGCCUUGGCUGGCUUAGGCUUGCUCACCUCCUCCUACAGCACGCUCAUUGCCCAAAGGGAAGGUUUCUCACUGGAAUCAGUGAGACAUGAGGGCUCUCUCUGACUUAGGGAUCCUUUUCUUUUUCCUCCUUAAACAAGAAUGGUUGGCCAUCCAUUUCUGAGAUGAUUUUUGGUGGUUUUACUGCUCUCCAAGUUGCAGCCAAGCAUUUAAGUCUUGUGAACACAAAGGAGUAGACCUUACAGUCCUGUUUUGCUACAUCUCCCCACUGUUGGUGGGUGGUGAUAGAAUACCCUUUUCGCAUCUCUUAUGACUGUAAAAAUAAAUAAAUAGGCACGUUUCUCAUGUAAUUAUCUGUGGUAAGGCAUUUAGAGGAAUAAACUGAUGUGUAGUAUAUUUCUUGUUGAAUCCCUGUGUAAUCUGAAUAAAAUGUUUGGAAGGUGUGUUAA